AAGCGUUCUGGCAUGCUGCUGAACAAGUUUCAGAUUCUAACCAAGGAGUUGAAAAAGACCAAUGUCGUGAAUGCAAGGGUUUCGGUCACUUUCAAAAAGAAUGUCCUAACUUUAAGAAGAAAAACAAGACGUUCAAGACUACGUGGUCUGACUCUAGUGAUGACGAGGAGGAAGAAUCUGAAAAUACUGAGAAUUCUAACUAUUCUAAUAACUUUUCUAAAUGUCUUCUUAAUGAAUAUAACUGUUUUACGUCCUCAGUUCAUUUGACUGAU